AUGACCACGACAGUCGUCAACCCUCCAGACUUGAGGGCCAUUAUCGGACCGCUUCUUCUCUUCCUACCAGGCGCCACAUUCGCAACACAACCCCCAGAGGGCGUUCUGCCUCUGUUGUCCCCAAUUCUUCGCCAGCGUGUGCAGUUAUUAUCGGGAUCAGGCAGCGACCCGUGGAUCAGACUUCUGUCCUACGAUGCAGCGAACACCGAGAAGCUUACCGAACUAGCCCGCGGCGAUCGGUUCGAACCACACCCAUCGUCUGGGGAGAUUGAGGUUGACUGGGACCACGACGUCACCACAAGAUAUCGCCGUUGCGAUGAGGAGACACUUCAGGUACUAGUGGUGCUCUCGGAUUUCGGUAUCUCUUUUCGACUGGUAUAUUGCACAGGCGACACACAAGGGGGCGGGGAUGGCUGGAGAGUCGGCGAGGUCAAUGUACUCGAGCGGCCAGAUCCAUUCGCAUCGUUUGGCGGCGAGGACGACAUUUCGGCGGCGGAGGAGAAAUUCGGCUCGGCUCGGGCGGGAAGCAAACAGACCGAGGCGUCAGUAGAGAGCAGAACGAGCACAACUUCGGAAAAGAUUACCGAACCGGCCGAGGAAGAUGGCGGUGACGAUGACGACUACUGGGCCCGAUACGAUGCAACUCCAGCCCGUACACCGGCCGCACAGCUAUCCCCUGCUCAUCCAUCGUCAACACAGCCAUUGAACAUGGAUGGUCACAUCCGCCCAGACGCAGACGACGCGUAUUAUGCGCGAUACGACUCAGUCCAGCCGGCCAUGGAUAAUCACGACCCGGACGAAGAGGCAAAUCUGGCAGACAAUGGCAUAUCACUGGCGCCUCCUCCCCUAGGCCUUGCCAGGCCUCCGGGCCAAGGGGAACGCACAGAAGAAACUCAGCCGGGUGAGACACAGGGAUCGUGGACCAUUGCGGGUGGAUCCGAGGGCUCGCGACGAUCAGCAGCCGAUGAUGGUGACCGUGCAAUUCUUCACCCGCGGCCUGCCAGUGCAGCAAGCUCGAGUGGAUCCUCAAUGGUUAGCAAGCUUGAGGAGUCGGCCGAGCGGAGAGCGCAGAGCGAGUUUGGCGUAAAGCAGCACGUUUCAAGGACGAUCAGGAGCCUUUUCCAGCUCUCAACAGCGGCCGGAAUUGAUCGUGAAGAAUUUGAGAGGAUGGUUCGGUCGGAACUGGAGCUGCUCCAGUUGAUUGAUGAAGAAUAA